UGUUUUCACGCCUCCCACCAGCUCGACGGAAAUUCCUCCAUCAUGUCUCACCGAUACUUAUGACAUCAACUCAGGCGUCAUCAAUUCAGCCCCACAAUGCACGUUCACUCUCAACCACAAGCUCGUGCUACUCCCAGGACUCAUCCUCUCCCCCUUCCCCGCCUCCCUCGUCAACCCAAACACAAAGCCAAAUAAUCUUCAGCGGCAUCCAACCAACCGGAACCCCGCAUCUAGGAAACUACCUCGGCGCUCUUUUGCCUUGGGUACACCUCUCCUCCUCCGCCCUUCCCUCCACAAAACUCUUCUUCAGCAUUGUGGAUCUGCACGCUAUCACUAUCGCUCAAUCACCUGAAAAAUUGAGGGGAUGGAGGAGGGAGAUGUUGAGAGUUUUGCUGGCUUUGGGUCUGGGCGAAGGUGGAGGAGUGGGAGGAGGUGGGAAAAGGGGGAGAAGUACGGUUUUUGUGCAGAGUCACGUGAAGCAGCAUGCGGAGCUCAUGUGGAUUCUGAGUUGUACGGCUAGUAUGGGGUAUCUUGGGCGGAUGACGCAGUGGAAGAGUAAACUCGACUUGAAAGACGACGCGAGUCCGCUUGAUGAGAGGAAAGGGAAGUUGAAAUUGGGGCUUUUCUCGUAUCCGGUUUUACAGGCAGCGGAUAUUUUGGUUCAUAGAGCAACACACGUCCCAGUCGGCGAAGACCAAUCCCAACACCUUGAAUUCGCACGCGAAUGCGUAACGAACUUCAACCAUGCUUAUGGACCGCAGCUUGUGUAUCCUCAGACUUUACUCUCCCCGGCCAAACGCAUAAUGUCCCUCACUAACCCCCUCAAAAAAAUGUCCAAAUCCGACCCAUCGCCCGCGUCUCGCAUCCUAAUCACCGACCCCCCAGAACUCAUCCAGAAGAAACUCACCACUGCAGUGACAGACUCCAUCAACUCCGUAUCUUAUGACCCCGUUAACCGCCCUGGUGUCUCAAAUAUUCUUACUUUACUAUCAGCGUUUGAUGAGGAGGGCAGGAGUCCCGAGACGUUAGGGCAGGUGUAUGGGACGGGCAUGGGACUAGGUGCGUUCAAGAAACUGGUUGGCGAGGCGAUUGGUGGGGGCUUGGAGACGUUUAGAGGAGCGUAUGAGGAUGUAGUUAAGGAAGGGGAGGAGUACCUUGAGGAUGUUGAGAGAAGGGGAGCAAGGGUGGCGGAGGAGAAUGCGGAGGCGACGAUGGUAGGUGUUAGGGAGGCACUUGGGUUGUAGAUAUUGAUUAUGGAGUGGAGUGGAGUGUAUAUUAGGAGAGAAUCUCCGCUGUAGCAAUAUUAUGGUUUAUGUUGAGGGGGGAGUCAGGUGCUUUUCGUUGCUGGUGCGAAGUUGAUCGGAGGUGUGUUCGCUUGUCUUUGCGUUUUCUCG